AUGAAGCAGAAGAUAGUCAUUAAGGUGCAAGUUAUAAAAUGUGACAACUGCAGGUCCAAGGCCAUGGAGACAGCCGCCGCCGCAGAUGGUGUAAUCUCAGUGAGACUGGAAAACAGAGAAAAUAUAGUGGUGACUGGAGAUGGAGUUGAUGCAGCCAACUUGUGCAUUGAAUUGAAAGAGAAGCUUGGCUAUGCAAGCUUAGAGAUUGUGGAAGAACUGAUGGAGAAUACAGAAAAUAAUGAAACAAAUCCAACUCCCUCUACAUUUACUUCAUAUGCAUCAAGUUGUCCAAAUUGUAGAGAUUCCGACUCUUGCCCAUGCACCAUUCUUUAA